AUGCUACGCAAUCACUCUUUGAAGUUUCCAAGGCGUAAACCGGUAUCAUCAGGUCCAUCGGCAUCACCAGCACAGCCAUCGCCUUAUGCAGAAUCAACCAUUGCUGGAGACGAUGAUGCAAGCUAUGGUGAUGCGAGCUAUGAAGAUUUGGUCUCAGAGCUGAGCUCGUUAAGAAGCUCGAACCCAAACCUACAACCCUUGUGCUCAAGGGCUGAGGACGAAUUGGAGAGGAAGCCUCAACGGCCCAUGAGUCUCGAUGCCACAACGGCAGCUCGCUCUUCAGCGAGCCUAUCAAAUAGGUCCAGCUCUUCGAGUCAUACAGGAACAUCUUCUAUAAGACACUCAGUGGGAUCACCGCUCGACCUGAGACGGAAGAGUAACAAGGUCAGUAGACAUAAGACUCAGAAGUUUUGGAAGUACCAUAUAUUGGAGCUGGGUACAUCUGAUCUUUACUUGACAACAAAUCCAACUCAGAGGCACCUGAUGUGUCGUAACGCUCCAAGUAUCCACGUGCAAGUUCAAUUCCCUCAAGGCUCGAAAGAUGGGGCUCAGGGUUUCAGAAUGGUGUUCCGAGAUGAACUGGAGAACUCUGUAUUUAUGACUAUAACGAAGAGACAGGAUGCUAGCUUCGUUGUUGAUGGGCUGAAGAAGUUCGUGCUUGACGAUGAAGGAGAAGUAGAGCCCGCACAGGACUUCAUAGCAAAGCAUUUCAUGUGCAAGGAGGUUCCAGUUGAUGAGUUUAAGCGUGUGAGACUUGAAAUGGGGGAUGUUAAGCCUAUAAGGUAUCAAAUACUCGACACUAACUUGACUGUUGGCUCCGUUAUACGUCAAAGACAAUUCAGUACGAAGUUGAAAAAUAAACGGUUUGUAUAUUGUCAGCGAGUCUCUCACACUACGCUCUCAUUGUUUAGACCACAUGAACUGAGGUUGAAGAAGAGAGUGUUAUCCAAAAUGAAUAGGAAGUUAAACACAAAUUCCACGGUAUAUCAUCAAGAGAGCGACUUGGCGGACUGUUCCACCUAUUAUUCGCCUGAAGAUGGGCUAACUUCCAAGACACCACUUGAUGAUUGUCCCAAUAGCGACAAGCUGGGCUGGAUCACAAUAUUUGAAGAUGAAUCCUUACACACAGUUGGUGAAUGGGACACUGUCCUUGGGAUGACAUUAGCAGUAGGUUAUUCAAAGACAUUGGAAAGCAAAUAA